UUCGCGCGAUAUCGCAGGCUGUGCAUUAACAUGGCUGAUUCCAACCAACCACGAAUUCAAGUUGUCUCACCUGUACCAUCCCAUACCUCAUUCGACGAAGAAAGUCUGAUCGAAAGUCCUUCACUUCGAUCACCGAGAUCCCAUUAUCAUUUCGACAGUGCCAUCGAGAUCAGCCCAGUAUCUCCCUGCUCUGGCCUGAUCAAGCCCGAGCUGAUAGACAGCAGUCACUUUGUGUACCCUCCACUUAUCACCGGCCAUGGAAGGCUUGUGAGAGCUAGACAGACUGUACCGGGUUGGAUCGGCGUACUGGUGAUAGUGGGAAUGCUUGCGUGGGUUAUCUGGUGCGCUUGGAGCUUGCAUCCCUUCGUACACGGUCGAUAA